AUGGCUCCCAUUCGACGAUACCUUCGCAUUAGCAAAUACUCAGUGCUGGAAUGUCGCAUUUAUCUGGAAUCUCCAUCUGAUUCACGAUGGCUCUUAGACUCCCGCGAUCCUGUCCUGCCUCGCGUUAUCGCUGCUGUUCGACCGUUGGUCCUUCCGAAGCUGCGUGAAGAGAAUGAGCGGUUGUUCAUGCGCAAGAAGGGCAAGCCGGUCAAAGAUGUCAUUGCAGAAGAUGAAUUCGAAGUGGCUAUCUUCCUCCGCGAAUCCCGCACCCGCCAUUCGCUCCUCACGCGCAAUAAGACAUUCCACGGAAAGGAAAACGAGGUUAAAGACUGGAGAUUGGAGCUGAAACCAGAUCAUGUCUCAGGGGAUACGGCUGCCAACCCGGUGAAUUCGGCAGAUGGCGAAAUUAUGAUCGAGAGUGACAGUGAGGCUGAUCUGGAAUUGCACAACAUUCCCGAAUCCGAGGAUGAAGUUGCUCUGGGGAACGGACGUCGGUCAAGCAAGAGAAGUCGGAUAACUAGGAGAGACCAGGUGCCACCCGAAGACACGGCGGGCAGUGACGAAAAGAAGCUCCGUUUCAGCACCCAUUAUGAAAGCUUCAAUAUCCAUGGAUGGGUGUUAUGUCUGUUGAUCUCCCGCAAGGGCGACAAGACCAGACCAAGUGUGGGGGUAUCUGAGUCAAAUCGGCAGCCUCUGAUGGAAGAAUGGAUUUCAACUCAAGCUCAGGCUUCUGUUGAUGACGAUUGA